GAAAGACCGAGCAUUUGUAAUAGCGGGAUAUCAGGACGGUAUCGUUUGUUUUUUGUAAUAAUAUGUCACUGAAUAGAUAAUUGAAGAAUCAGUUUCAAGCUCAGCAUAGAUGAUAGUAACAUUGUCAGUCGAUAUCUGAUUGACAAUAAUUGACUGAUUUUUCCAAUAAAUUCUACUUCCACAGCCAACGACCAGAACUAACCUAAACCACAGAUGGUGGGGUUUAAAUCCCAAACGCAUCAUCACCAUUCUCGCUCACCGCCGUGGCCUCGCCACAUCCGAUUCGCGACAUGCAGGACCUAUGUGAAAAAGCCAAAAAAUACGGGCUAUCGCCCAAAGAAUGGGAAACAAUGAGUUACGAGAUGGAUUGUUUUAAAGUGGUGUAUGGAUACACGGAACCGGACGGCAGUGGUGUUCGAGACUUCGCCACGGAUGCCAUGCGGCAAUGGGAAAGGGGCCGAUAUACGAUGUUUAGACAAGUCCUUGGCGUUCUGGCGGAGACAUAUGGUGUUUGUGCCGUCACUAGCGAAUUCAUGGCGCGCUUGAAGCUUGACAGGGUUAUGGCGUAUGAGAUUACAUGGGUCAUCAAGGAAGUCAGGGCGCGAACAUACGAGCGGUUCCUAUUCAGCGAGCUGUAUAAGUUGAUCACACCCGAGUUCAUGGAAGACAAGAUCAACGGGUCAGCGCUGGAGUCGUCAUUUGUGUGUGCGACGAUCGAGGCGAAGCGGGCGGGUCAAUUGAAUGCGGAUCUAAAGGAAGAGAAAUGGGCUACUUUGAGGCCGUAUUUCCCACCAGAUGAUGUCUCUGCGAGUCCGAUUGCAAAGAUGCCGCCUGAGGUGCUGCAGAGGAUACUCGAAUACGCGUGUAUCAAGAAUCCAUAUUUAUUCCUAGAUAGUUUCGAGGAACAUGUGUACAAGCGCAGUGCGAGCACGAUUGGAUGCGUGUGUUGGGACUUCAAUUCUCUGACCUUACCUCUUCAGCAACGUGUCGGGCGGUUACGAUCGACUUUUAAGAUACAGACAAUUACUACGCGUAACGCCCGAACUUGGCCCGCUUCUAAAAUGCCUGACGCUGGAGCUAGAAGACAGCAGCUACGCAAACAAGGAUGCUUUCGGCGACUUGAUUGAUCAGAUCCUGGACGCCUGUCCGAACCUGGAGACGCUUGUCGUGAAAGUAGACGUGGCAAACCCGCAUGCAGCUUUGGAAGCGAAUCUUGAGUCUUGUCCUGCAGAUUGCACGCGGAGGCACGACGACGACGGCGUCGAGGAUGAGCACUUUUUUUGGAUGAUUUUUAUGAGGUAUACUGGUGGUCCUAGACGCCAUAGUGGUGAGCCUGGUAG